GUCAACUUGGGGCGUUGUGCAGCCUUGAGUCUUGAUUGUUCGCCUCUCGAUGGGCGUCUCUUCGCAUACAUACAGCCAGCAAGCCCAAUUCAAGACGCUGUUGUAGCACAGACUAGCAUUCAAUUCACGAUUGGUGGAGUGGAGCUUUGAGACACUAUGCCUCCUGCUCGCCAAGCAGCCCAGAAAGCCCGCUCGCUUUUCGCAGCUCCUGCGGAUUCGCAAGAAGGAAGCGGUUGGACGAGCGAAGAGAAGGAUUCGAGUAGUUUCGCAUCGAGCAGCAGCCGCAGCAGCGUAUCGAUCCAGUCGCAGGCGAGCGAGAUGGUCAGCGAGGACAAGAAAUUCGAGAGAUUGAAGAAGAGGCGCAGAGUGGAUGCUGAUGUUGCGCACGCACCGCCUCGGAAGAGCAAUCGCGCUGAGCGUGCCACGAUGCAGGGACCCUGUUCGCGGGCGACCGAGCUGGCUAGGCAUCACACCACAUCCUAUCACACUGCUCUGUUGCUCUCGGAAGCCGCACUGUGCUCCACGAAAGAGAUCGCUCCACUAUCAGACGGUAUCGAAGACGACCGCAUGGCUAGCGCGAAGACGUUGGGAGCUCAGACGAGGCAAGCGCUACUGGAUUGGUACGAAGGAGUCAGCGCUGCGCGCAAGAUGCCUUGGAGAAGAACGUUUAUAGAUCCGACAUUGUAUGUGGGCAAAGAGUCGGAGCUGAGGGAACUACUGAAAAGGAGAUCUUAUGAGGUUCUGAUUUCUGAAAUCAUGCUGCAGCAGACCAGAGUGGAGACGGUCAUACCAUACUAUAAUCGAUGGCUGAGCAAGUGGCCAAGCCUCUCUGCGCUAGCUUCAGCCAGUUCUGAAGAAGUCUUGUCAAUGUGGAAAGGUCUAGGCUACUACUCUCGCGCCACUCGUCUUCAGAAAGCAGCUCAAUUGGUCCUUUCACACCCUACCUAUGAUGGUCUCUUGCCUUCUUCCAUGGAAGAGCUUUGCAAAGACGUGCCGGGUGUUGGACCUUAUACUGCCGGAGCGAUCUCUUGCAUCGUCUUUGGUCAACCUGCACCCAUGAUGGAUGGAAACGCUUACCGCGUCUAUUCUCGUCAGAUAGGAUUGUACGCCGACAUGAGCAGCAAAAAGGUGCUCAAUGUGUUGGAGAGGGAAGCGAGAGCAUGCGUAGAGGCUGUGGCAAAGAGGGACACGAACGGCAAGACUCUGCCUAGCAAGAGCUGCGGGGAUUGGGGUCAGGCUAUCAUGGAACUGGGGGCUACCAUUUGCACGCCCCUCAGGCCUGACUGUCAGAGAUGUCCGAUUCGUCCUACGUGCCGAGCUUACGCCGAGGGAAGCACACUGGCUGCUGGCACGCUUCGUCCAAACGACGAAACACACCGCACCGUUGAGCGUUUCCCACACUCGUCUCCCGCAGUGUCGGAGGAGACAGACAUCGAAGAUUUGUGCACCCUGUGCGACCCGAUUGACGAGGUAGCCCCCUCGCUGGGGAAGCGCCAGGGGGUCAUGAAAGCCUCGAGCGGCUCAGCGCAGGAGAAAGUCGCAACAAACAAGCUCCAGAGCAAGCUCAACUUUGGUCGAGCUAGAACCGUCUCGAAUUUGCAACAAAGCCAACAUGUCAAGCCGGAGGGCACAGGCUCAAAUACCGACGAUCAAAUUUCACAGCAGGCUUUGGACAUUGUUCGAGCUCACGUGCAGCGCUUUCCAAAAAAGGUGGUCAAGAAAGCGCCGAGGGAAGAGGCUUGUCUGGUGCUUGUGAUUCGAUCAAGCGAGGGGAAGCUUUUGAUCGAGCAGAGAGCAGAGAAGGGCCUCUUGGCCGGCUUGUGGCAGUUCCCAGCAUCAACCUUGCAAGGCGAAGCAAAGGACAAGAUUGAAUCUGGUGAAAUGCACAAGAGGACCACGCCCGACAAGAAGCAAACGGGCAAGCGUCGGGCGAUCGUGCACGCUCAGAGCACUCCCCUGACAGAGCGCCCGGGAAUCUCGUCCAGGCAGGCGAUGGAAGCCGAAGCUGAGAGGCUUGCAUCUGCCCUCCUUUCCGAGAGCCUCGACUUCAAGGUCGCACGCUUGAAAGCUCGCGGGAAAAUCACCCACCUCUUCUCGCACAUCAAGUUGCACAUGCACGUCUACGAGAUGACUCUUCCCACUUCUAUUUCGCAAUCUUCGUUGCAUGCAGCCGCGUCUCGGUGCACUCCAAAUGGGACUGCUCAGCGACAUGAACAUAGCAGGGAAAGCGCACCUUCGGUAUACAGUGCUGGACCGUUGCCCAAGAGGGCGUGGGUCUCCAUCGACGAAUUGUCGCACUGCAGCUUGUCUACGGGCAACGUCAGAUGCUGGGAGCUCUCGUCUUUUGCUCAAUCUGCUGGCGCGCCCGCCAAGCGGAUAAAAAGAUGAAUGAGGUAAGGCCGCUCGGAGUGCAGCUUGCGCACUUGCCAAGCGUCCUCUUCUCAUAGAGGUGCCUUCUAACUCGUCACAAUGCUCCAUCAUCCUGCAAACCUGGCCACGCCACGCAGCACCAUCACGAUGCGCCAAAUGUAUUAUGACAAUAUCUCAUUGACGUCG